AUGAAAACUCUUACUCCUGGAACCCUCUCCUUCCUCUUCUUCUGGACCCUACAAGAGCAGGUCCUACUCAGGUUGGCUUCAGGGAAAGAGGAAGUCAAAUCUGCCUCCGAGAGCAUUCCUCAGCCCAUGUCACCCUCUGAUUUCCUGGACAAGCUCAUGGGACGAACUUCUGGGUAUGAUGCUAGGAUUCGGCCCAAUUUUAAAGGGCCCCCCGUGAAUGUGACCUGCAACAUCUUCAUCAACAGCUUCAGUUCUGUCACAGAAACCACGAUGGAUUACAGAGUGAAUGUCUUCCUUCGGCAGCAGUGGAAUGACCCACGCCUAGCCUACCUGGAAUACCCAGACGACUCCCUGGACCUAGACCCUUCCAUGCUGGACUCCAUUUGGAAGCCAGACCUAUUCUUUGCCAAUGAGAAGGGUGCCAGCUUCCACGAGGUGACUACUGACAACAAGCUGCUUCGGAUAUUCAAGAAUGGGAGUGUGCUCUACAGCAUCAGGCUAACUCUUGUCUUGUCCUGCCCAAUGGACCUCAAGAACUUCCCUAUGGACAUCCAGACGUGCACAAUGCAGCUAGAAAGCUUUGGUUACACUAUGAACGACCUUGUGUUUGAGUGGUUGGAAGAUGCCCCGGCUGUGCAAGUAGCUGAGGGGCUGACUCUGCCCCAGUUUAUCCUGCGGGAUGAAAAGGAUCUCGGCUACUGCACCAAAUAUUAUAACACAGGAAAGUUUACUUGCAUAGAGGUGAAGUUCCACUUGGAGCGCCAGAUGGGUUACUACCUGAUCCAAAUGUACAUCCCUAGCCUGCUCAUUGUCAUCCUGUCUUGGGUCUCCUUCUGGAUCAACAUGGAUGCCGCCCCUGCCCGGGUGGGCUUGGGUAUCACGACGGUAUUGACGAUGACGACCCAGAGCUCAGGCUCCCGAGCUUCUUUACCUAAGGUGUCCUAUGUGAAGGCCAUUGACAUCUGGAUGGCAGUCUGUCUGCUCUUUGUAUUUGCUGCCUUGCUGGAGUAUGCUGCUGUGAACUUUGUCUCCCGCCAACAUAAGGAGUUCAUGCGCCUUCGAAGGAGGCAGAGGCGCCAGCGCAUGGAAGAAGAAGUCAUUCGAGAGAGUCGAUUCUACUUCCGGGGCUAUGGCCUGGGCCACUGCCUGCAGGUCAGGGAUAGAGGUCCCAUGGAAGGCCCAGGUAUUUAUAGCACCCCACCCCCAGUCCCUCUCCUGAGGGAGGGGGACACUGCACGGAAGCACUAUGUGGACAGGGCCAAACGAAUCGAUACCAUCUCCCGUGCAAUCUUCCCUUUCACGUUCCUCAUCUUCAACAUCUUUUACUGGGUUGUCUACAAAGUUCUUCUAUCAGAGGACAUCCACCAAGCACCAUAA